CCCUUCCUUCCUUUGUCUGAGGUUGUUCUCUUCUCUUCUCUUCUCGCUUUCAUUUCACUCUCUUCUUCUUUCGCGUAAGAAGUAAGAAACACUCUUUCUCUUCAUCCACCACAAUUAUGGUGGCUACUUUCACUACACAACGAGAAUUCUUCAUAGCCCAGAAACAUCCUACACCAAACAAACUUCAUAACACAACACACAUGUACUUUUUCUUCUUAUUCAAACGAGAUACAAAGUAGUUUCGUUUUUAUUUGAUGGUCUUGUCGUUUAUCAGUUACUUCCUCUUUUUGGCGUCACAAUAUACUUUUUAUUAUUAUAUAUUGGUGUGUCAUGUUUUGUUUCUUUCCUAUCUUUUAUUCUUGCUGUCUACACCCCCAUGUUGUUUGCUUUCAAUUUUGAAUACCCUCUUUCUUCAUUCUUACUGUUACUUCGACUAUGUCGCUCAAGAGGGGUCCCGAUGAUAACAAGACUCCAGAUGAUAAACGUAGAAAGCCUCCUCCUUUUUCCAGUGUGGUGCGCGAAGUGAUGAAGUUACAAUCAGUUAGGAAUUUGAUGGAGCCAAUUCUAGAGCCCUUGGUUCGCAGAGUGGUUAGAGAGGAAGUUGAAUUGGCUCUAAAGAAGCAUUUGAGCAGCAUUAAACAGACCUGUGGAAAGGAGAUGAAUACUUCAGAAUCAAGAACUUUGCAGCUGCAGUUUGAAAACAGCAUAUCUCUCCCUGUCUUUACAGGAGCUCGAAUUGAAGGAGAAGAUGGCUCAAACUUAAGGAUACGUUUAGUUGACGCCUUAACAGGGAAGGUUGUUUGUACAGGACCUGAAUCUUCAGCUAAGGUGGAAAUUGUAGUUCUUGAGGGUGAUUUUGAAGAAGAAAGUGACAUUUGGAUGCCUGAAGAUUUCAAGAACAAUAUUGUGAGAGAGAGGGAUGGAAAAAAGCCCCUCCUUACAGGAGAUGUGAUUUUAUAUCUAAAAGACGGGCUUUGUAUGGUGGGUGAAAUUUCAUAUACCGAUAAUUCAAGUUGGACAAGGAGUCGUAGGUUCAGGCUUGGGGUAAGAGUUGUGGACAACUUUGACGGUAUUAGAAUAAGAGAAGCAAAGACAGAUUCAUUUAUUGUUAGGGAUCACAGAGGAGAAUUGUACAAGAAACACCACCCUCCAAGUCUGUCGGAUGAAGUUUGGAGACUGGAAAAGAUAGGCAAAGAUGGAGCUUUCCACAGGCGUUUGAGUCGUGAAAAGAUACGUACUGUUAAAGAUUUUCUCACACUACUAAAUCUCGAUCCAGCGAAGCUGCGAACAAUACUGGGCACUGGGAUGUCUGCAAAGAUGUGGGAAGUAACCGUAGAGCAUGCUCGGACUUGUGUUCUUGAUACAACACGACACGUAUCGUUCGCUUCUCAUUCUCAACAACCUCACGUAGUCUUCAAUGCCGUGGGAGAAGUGACAGGACUGCUCGCUGAAAGUGAGUAUGUCGCUGUAGAUAAGCUGUCCGAAACCGAAAAGGCUGAUGCUCAAAUCUCGGUUAUUUCUGCACUCAACCAAUGCGAUUUUGCCUCUUUUGAAGAUGAGGUCUCCCUAAUGGAUGGUUAUUCACAUUUAACUAAUGUUCAUUACUCCCCAAGCUCUCCGAGAACCGAGGGAUCGAGCGCCAACAAGCUUUUGGCUCUUCAAAAGACCGGAGGAUUCAACUAUACACAAGAAAGCGCGUCUUCUACCGAUAUCAUGCCAUCCAUUUACUCAGUUGGUGGAACUAGUAGCUUGGACGACUAUGGCUUGCCUAAUUUCGAAAGCCUCGGCCUUAGAUACGAUCAACAUCUUGGUUUUCCCGUCCAAGUCUCCAACUCUUUGAUCUGUGACAUGGAUUCAAUAGUCCAUGCUUUUGGCGAUGAAGAUCAUCUGCAAUUUUUCGAUGCGGAUCUUCAAUCUCAGUGCCAUAUUGAAGCAGAUUUACAUAGUGCUGUUGAUAGCUUCAUGCCGGUAUCUUCUACAUCUAUGACUAAGGGAAAAGCUCAGAGGAGAUGGAGAAAGGUAGUCAACGUUCUGAAAUGGUUCAUGGUGAAGAAACGAAGAAACCAAUUAUAUAGGUAAGGUUUUGUACAUUGCGUUUGUGAAUGCAGCCGACAAAAUAAUAGUGUGCUGUUUGAUAGAAGAAAAAUUAUGGUUUAUCUUAUAUAUGUAAAUACACCCUCCAUGCAUUGGUUUUUGUAGCUUGCCAGAAGUUAAAGAGCUGUUUUGCUCUUCUCUUUUUAUGUCUAAAAUUGAGUUUGUAAAUACUUAAUUUUUACAGUCAGUAGAGGAUUUUCUGAUUGUUGGCAGAUGCUUAGUGAGGUAGUAUAGUAAGUAGUGAAUAAUUUCAAGAUUCAGAGACUUUUAUUCUGGGUCAUAUUUUUGUAACCAUAUCUUGUGAAAUAAAAUCAGUUUUCCA